GGCCUUUCGUCAAAGAUGACUUUAGUUGAGGCAUAUUCUCCCAGCUCAGACGUGUCAUGUUCCGUGGUCGGAAUAUGAGUUUGAUCCUUUUUUUCUACAUUAUGAUAUGUGUCGAUUGGGGGAUUACCAAAAGCUUUUCCAAUCAUGAUAGCCGAAUCAUUCAUGGUCAUCCCACUUCUAGAGGUGAAAUUGAAUACCAAGUUUCGCUUCAAUUUGCGUUGGAGGCCAGCCGAGAAUCCAGUAAUGAGAGAACAGCUCAUUAUUGCGGAGGGGCCCUCAUCGCUCCGGAAUGGGUGGUCACAGCGGCUCAUUGUACCAUUCACAAGGAUUCCAAAAAGCUCAGGGUAAUGGUAGGAGCUUGGGAUAUGCAUAACAAAAAUAAUUCAAAGUAUCUGAUCGACAAGUUGAUUAUCCAUGAUUACGAUGAAAAAACCAAGAUCGGUGACAUCGCCUUGAUCAAACUGAAACUUGAAGGGGGUCAAUCUGCAGGAACUCCGUUGAAGUUGGCACCCUCAGAUUUUGAUCCAACCGGCCAGUCCUGUCUCAUCACUGGCUGGGGUCAUCUGAAAAGCCACGAAAAUAAUGAUCCUGAACGUCUGCAAGAGGCCAAGGUGUUGGUGGUUUCCCCUGAAACGUGCAAAAAAAUGGUCCCAACCAAAUUCCCAUUAGACAGACAUGGCAGUUCUAUGAUUUGUGCGGGAGGCUCGACCGAGGAUGCCUGUCAGGGCGAUAGUGGUGGCCCAUUGGCCUGUCAAAAAGACGGAGAGUAUUUGCUCACAGGAAUCGUCAGCUGGGGCGUUGGAUGUGCGACUGAAGGCAUGCCAGGGAUCUAUACCAACGUCAGGAAUUACUUGGAUUGGAUCAACAGCACCAUGGAGGCAAACAAAAGCUCCUAGUCUCUCUUGAACCAUGGAAUAUUUUUGUCCUCGCCUCGACUAUUGGAAUUAAACCUUUUGGUCAAAAUUGCAAGCUA